AUGGCUCUGAAGUUUAUAGCUAUUUCGGCGGUUUCGACAGUGUUAAGUUUUGUAGGUCUUCAGUUUUGCACAGAUUUGUCAUUAGAUAAACUUAAAUCAGAUGGACUAGUUGGAUGGAAUUCAGUUCACUUGGAUAAUGUCGACCAGGACGUUGAGUUACCUUUGGGUUUGUAUACCACCAUAGGGUUAUUUACAAAUUGCUUGAUCAAUGUAUUUGUCCUUCUCAAUCUUUGUCUCAAGGCUAUGUUUUUCGCAGAGUUGUAUCCGUCUGAAUCUCGUAAAUUGGUUGAACGUCUUGUUAAUUAUGUCAUUUACAAGGGGGCAUUUCUUCCGUUGAUUGUGCCACCGACACUUUAUCAGGCAGGUCUUUGGACAGCUUGGUUGGCCGUGCUUUGUUCUUUAAAGAUGUUUCAAGCUCUGGCUAGAGAUCGAUUGGAGCGGCUGAAUGCAUCACCAUCCGCCACACCAUGGACAUAUCUUCGUGUAUAUUCAGCACUGUUAUUUAUUUUCUUGGUUGAUGUUCUCUGGAUAAGGCUUUGUCUUGCAAUAUAUACAACACAUGGGUCCUCUAUGUUUCUGUUACUAUUCUUUGAGCCUUUAAGUGUUGCUUUCGAAACCCUACAGGCCAUUUUGGUACAUGGAUUUCAGUUGCUUGACAUAUGGAUUCAUCAUUCGGCUUGCAGUAGUAGUGAUUUCCGAACACCUAAACUGCUUGACACAUUAACUGCAGGUUCUUUACUGGAAUGGAAGGGAGUUCUUAUCCGGAACUUGGGAUUUUUCCUUGACAUGGCAACAUUUUUCAUGGCACUUGGUCAUUACUUGUAUAUAUGGCGGCUUCAUGGCAUGGCUUUCCAUCUUGUAGAUGCAGUGCUAUUUUUAAAUAUACGUGCGUUGCUUAGUGCAAUAAUAAAUCGCAUAAAAGGAUUUAUUAGGCUAAGGAUAGCUCUAGGAUCACUUCAUGCAGCUCUUCCCGAUGCAACUGCCGAGGAGCUAAGAGCAUAUGACGAUGAAUGUGCUAUUUGUAGAGAACCCAUGGCUAAGGCGAAAAAGCUAAAUUGCAAUCACCUCUUCCAUCUUGCAUGUUUGAGAUCUUGGUUGGAUCAAGGCCUGACUGAGAUAUAUACUUGUCCAACAUGCCGAAAGCCGCUUUUUGCAGGCCGACCUGAAACUGAAACGAAUUCCAGUACAGGGGUAAUAUCUAGCGACGAGCAACUUGCGCGCCAAAUAAGUGCAGGAUUUGAUCGUCAAAACUCUGCUAGACAUAACAUGCCUGCAGGAUUGUUUCCAAAUCAGACACCGAACAAUGCCGAAGGCGUUCCUUGGAGGGGUGCAGGAAUGGACUCAGGGUGGUUACAUUCUUGGCCGAAUCAGGGUGUUGAUGGAGCUGGUCCAUCUACUGCUAUCAGAACAGUAGGUCUCGGAAGAGUUCAAAUGAUGAUGAGACAUCUUGCAUCUGUUGGAGAAACCUAUGCUCAAACCACCUUUGAUGAUUCUUCUUGGAACCUUUGGCCUAUUAAUCAGUCUCAGGCUUCUGCGAGUGCUACAACUCCGACGGCCAUUCCUUCCCCUGGUGUAAGAUUGCCAGGAGGAAAUGGUGGUUUACAUAUAAGAACCAAUUCACGAUCUGCAAAUGAUAAUGUAGCAAACGUACUUGCUAUGGCCGAGACCGUCCGGGAGGUUCUACCUCAUAUUCCAGAUGACAUGAUAUUCCAGGACUUGCAGAGGACAAAUUCUGUGACAGUUACUGUGAAUAAUCUUCUCCAAAUGUGA